GCGCGCGAGCUCCCUGCCGCUCCCUCCUCCUCCCCCCUCCCUCCGCGUCAGCCGCCAUUUUCGAUCGAGGUCGGGUGUGGGGUGGGGGGGGGGCUUCUCCGGGCUGGGCUGCUCCGGGAAAGGAUCCCCCUCCCUUCGGUCGCCAGUCAUUCUCCCCUUUGCUGAGAGGAGGGGGGGGGUGUUCCCCUUUCGGGAUAGCCGGUCAGGCAGAAAUCCGGCCGGUAAAGCUGCUUUGGCGGAGGGUGAGGGUUUCGGGGCGAGGGCGGAUCUGCUGGGACCCCCGCGCCCCACCGGCCGCCCAGCCCCCUCGGCAGCCUUUCCGGCCUCCCGCCUCGCUCCCCCGGGGAGCGGCAGCAGAGCAGCCCGGCCCAUGGCGGACGACGGGCGGGACUACGGCUUGACCGAAGCGCAGCAAGUGGUGAAAGCCAAAUACCCGGCCAUCCAGAAGAAAUACGAAUAUCUGGAUCAUACGGCGGAUGUGCAGUUGCAUGCCUGGGGUGAUACCUUGGAAGAGGCGUUUGAACAAUGUGCUAUGGCCAUGUUUGGGUAUAUGACAGACACGGAGACCGUUGAACCUCUUGACACAGUAGAAGUGGAAGCGGAAGGACAUGACAUGCUCUCCCUUCUCUUUCAUUUCCUUGAUGAAUGGCUCUAUAAAUUCAGUGCUGAGGAGUUUUUCAUACCCAGAGUGGGGAGAAGAGUUCUCUUUGCAGAAGCAUCCGCAGGGAACAGAAGUCAAAGCAAUCACGUAUUCAGCCAUGCAGGUCCUAGAAGAAGGAAAACCAGAAGUUUUUGUCAUAAUCGAUAUUUAAAGAAAGGUCCUUCUGCUGGAUGGCUCCUCUGCAUCCAGCCUUUGGAGCAACAGGAAUUGUUUUCAGGAGAAGCACAGAAGCCAGUCAGUCCAGAAACCCAAAAGCCAGGAGGAAGAAGCUCUAGGUGCAGCAGCCAUUGAGAAGAUAAUUGGCAGUGAAAGCCAGAGAUGAAAUUGUUAGCUGUUUCAUGACAAGCUCCUUCAUGGAAAUGAACUAGGAUUAAUUACUUUCUUGUUUUAAUUUUGCUAUUUCCUCCACUUCCCCAUGGGGAAUAUGUUGUUGAAUAUCCAUUUGCUUUUGGCACUGAUUGCAGCAAUUCAAUUACACUGAGUUUCUCCCCCCUCCCCCGCCUCCAUGUAGCCAUAAGAAAUAUUGGAAGAUGUGGUCCUCAUGCAGCCAUCCUCCAGUCAUGCUCUCCGUGAUCAGGUAGCUGUGAAAGUACAGCUUUCAUCUUCUGCUCUCCUUGAUAAAUUCUUUCCUAGCCUCCAUGACUGCUUUCAGCUGUGUGGUGAGAUAGCAUCCGCACUGGUGCAAUUAUGGUUUGCAUGGAUGAGAAAUUAUAAAGAGGAUCUGCUAUUCACACUGUUGCAGAUCUUAUGGCAUGGUUAAAACAAGUAGUCCACAGAUAUUGAAGAGAACACACAAGUUGCGUCAUACAGAUAGUUCUUGAUUUAUGACAGUUCAUUUAACGACAGUUCAAAGUUAUGGGCUCAGAAAAAGUGUCUUUGCAGUUACGACCAUUAGUCCAUGGUCAUGUGAUUGCAUGAUUUAGAUUUCUCAUCUUUCCAGCCAGUUUCUGGCAAGCUGUGUCAGUUUUGGAAGCUGGAUCUCUUAUCAACUGCAGUGGUCGUUAAGUUGGAUCCAAUUACUUGGUGACUUGCUUUACAACCACAUUAACCUAUGACAGAAAUUCCAACCCCAGUUGUGAUCGUCAAUCAAGGUCUACCACUCAAAUGUCUAAACCAAAAUCAGAGCUAUGGUAGUCUUACUACAGCUAAGAAAUGUCUUACAAAAUAAUAUGUAAAGCAUAUAUAUAUUGCAGACACCCUCUGGUGGAGAACUAGGUUGUCGAGCAUGAGCUGCAUGUUUGAGGUCUCCCCAAAGUGGCUCAGUAGUGCUGAGGUCAUGAGAUGGACAGCCACUCCAGAACUUGCCCUUUUUGGGGAGAUCAUUGUCAUGUUGCGAGGUCCAGGUGGUGCCCAUGUGCAGUUUUGGAGCUGAUGAAUGCAAAUUGUCCUCCCAUAUUUUCUGAUGAGAUGCUAUGUUCCUCUUGCCAUCGAUUGGGACUGCUGCCGAAUCUCCCCACCCCAAAGCAGUGGAGACCAACCUCCAGGCUUCCUGGGAGGGAUGUGUUGUGACACAGGCCCACGUAGUUAAUAUUAAAACAGUUCCAAAAAACAGAUUGUCAGCCUUCGCUUUUUCAUUGCUUGCUUGCUUGGCUGCCAUUGUAACGGGGGGAGGGGGGAGCUAUUGGAAUGUCUGGGAGGGGGAAGUGAGCUGGUGGAGAAGAGAAAGUUUUCUUCAGUGUUUUCUUUGAAGCUGAUAACUACUCAAGGUCAACCGUUGUGGCAUAGCAGGAGGAUGGCACCAUCAGACACUGCACUCCACAUGACCCCUGGAGGGAAUGUGGAUUGGAUAAUCCUGACUGGACGGUUGGGGGAAGGGUUUUAGGGAUGUUUUCUAUAUGUGAUUUUUGCGCCUAUUUCCUCAGACCUUGCUUUUCUUUGGUUGCAUUCAGUUCAUACUCAGUAAAAGUACCUUUCUCUAUGAAAAUGGAGUAGGGAUUUAGAGUAUUGAAAGGAUGCAUGCCUGACAGAGAUUUUAUUAAAACAACAGAAUUAACUCAUUCUCAGCGUAUUCCAAAUUAAAUGAAAGCAAAGUCCUCAAAACACCAUUCUUCAGUUUAUCUCUGACCUUGGGAUAAUUAGGCAAACUGCCAAAGUUUUUUAUUGGCAACAGUUCAGGAACAGAAGAUGCUGAUGAAAUACAUCCAAACACGAAGCAAAUCUCUCAACGGUUGAUUUCCGGCAAAGAGGCCAAGAGCCGUUGCUGGUCUUUUAAGCCUUAUGGAAGGGGCCAAUCAUCUCUUGGUGCUACUCCCGAGUCGUCCUCUCUGCUUUAGCUGCUCCUGCCUUCUGGCAGCUCUUCUCAUACGUGCACUAGGAACAGGCUCCUCCUGUUCUGCCUCUACUGUCGGCCUCUGGAGGCUCCGGAGUCCACGUAUCACUCCCUGAUGGCCCUGUCCCCAUCUCUACCUCCGACGCAGAGCCUUCAUCCGGGCCUUCCCCUGCCUCCAGGACUGGCCCAUGUUCUUCCUCAGCCUCAUUGCUGUCCGACUCUGCUGCCAGCUCUGCAGGCUGCAACAGGAUGGUUCUGCGUCUCUCCACAGCCCUGUGGAUUCCUCUGCAAGCAUUUGUGUCCAUUUGUGGCUAUAAUGAUGAUUUGGUUCCAGAGGUUUGAAGGCUCCUCCAGGUGCCGUCUGGCAUAUUGUAAGUGAGCUGCUUUGGGCGUUGGUGCAGCGAUGGCAACUCUGCCCACGUCCCAUUUUUGUUCCAGGAGCUCCUUGCGCCUGCUGAAGCAGCCACACCUCCGAGAAGCCUGUUUCCCCAUGGGGAGCGCUUCUGGGUUUUUCCUUCCAGCAGUUUUGUCUGACCUACCGGGCUCAGUAUUAGCAGAGCCCCUCAUUUCCCAUUUCUGGAUCAGAGUUUGAGCGGCACCGAUUGGCAUUUUCAAAUCUUUGUAUCUCUUUUUAGAUCCUUUUCCUGACUAUGAAGUGGAGUUGCCUCUCCUCACAACUCCUUUUUCCUGGCUUCUCUAAGCUGCAAAGCUGGUACAGUCCUGGCUUUUUUAAAAAAAAAAUGCACAAGUGUUUCUUGGAACCAAAGAAACUCAUUGACUAUGGUGUUAAAAGAGAAAGUUCUGGGUUCAAGUGAGACUUGGGUCAUGAAUGAGCACAUUGAACAACUGUUUGAAGUGGAGGAUGGUUUAUUCGGCUGCUCUUGAAGUUGGCACAGGCAAAAGGGCAGUAAGGUUUCUAGUAAAGUUGUCCCAGGGUUUGAGAGAUGGGAAGUCUGGUAAAGGAAAUGCCAUCUUUCCAUCCCCAAUCUAUUCUUUAUCUAGGUGUUUGGUUGUCUGGUGUUGAGGGGAAACCGUCUUGUGUAUCCUGGGAGAUUUUCAAUGUCUUGAGGGGAUUUUCUUUCCUAUGAUUAAGAAACCAGCAUUUAUCAACUUUGUAAAGGGAAAACAGCACUUUGAAGUUCAGCCUCCACCUCAAUCUAGUCUGAAGGGCUUGUGGGGGGGAAUGUUCCUCUGCAACCUUCAGCUUCUUUCUAACAGUCGUUAGCUGGAAGGUCAGGAGAGAUGAUCUGCCUAUGGAACGCACAUGAGGGGUGGCAUGGAUGACGUUUCCCCCUUUGAUAUUUCCACAGUACUCAGACACUAAUUACACUGAAACUAGGCGUGGAUACUUGCCCCUGACUACUAUGCCAACCACUGCCCAGAUAAUCAAGGGUAUGCAAGCUUGAACAGCUGUUUUAUUGUAUCCCUUAUUGCUAUGGUUUGUUUAAUGAUUGUGCUAUGAUGGCUUAUGUUUUAAUUUGAAUCACAUUACAAAUAAAUAUAUUUUAUCUGCU